AUGACUAAUCCGGCAGGUUUACCGAUGGGUAGUUCAGUAUUGCGUAGUCAUGGAAACGUUGGAUCGAGCCAACGUACUCCAUGGCUUUUAACCGACGGGCCGUUCUACUGGGCGUGGCUGUGGAAACUGCAAUCAACAGGUGGUGUCAGCGCACUCCAUGGCUAA